UAUCUUUCAGAUGAUGCUUUAAACAAACAAAACAACAACAAAUAACACAAAACAACCAAAAUGAGCCAACGUCAAAGUUAACCACGAAUCAAUCAACCAACCAAACUGAACAGAGCAGGAACAACUUAUCAGCACGAAGCGAGAUAAAGUUGCCUUACGUUUUAGCUUUAAAAUAUAAACAUACAAAUUAACCACGAAGCACAAUAAAGGAACAAAAUCAACGAAAACACGAAUUGAAUCAUUAUGUCCACAGCAAUAAAGAAACGGCCUGCUCCAUCGUCUAGCUCAAGCGGAGGCGGAGUGGAAGAGGCUAUGACUUCCAAAAAGACGGCACUCAUCAUAGUCACGGUUAUUGGUUGCAUUGCCAUUCUGUGGCCCAAAGUUUUCCAUCCCAUGAUGUUUGGCCCAGCCACGGUCAAGCCAAAUAUCAAGGAUCCCCGAGGCGGAGGGCCAGGAGGCUGUUGCGAUGUCGUACUUGACCGUGAGGAAUUCUUGAAUGCAUCGAAGCCGAGUCCCGAACCAUUUGUGGGUCCCCAUUUGUAUCGCAAACAAAUUAAUUUGUAUACAGGCGAAAUAAGUUUGCGCCAGGAGCGACCAGCCCACUUGCAUCCAGAAUCGAUAUAUCAGGCCAUGAGAGAGCGUGGACGGGCCAUUCCAGCCACGCCCACUGUGCCCAUCGUUGAACGCAAAAGUUCUCCAAGCAAUCCGCCGCCUCGAAUUGUUGAUGGACGGCCUGGACCCAUUCCUGGAAUGCGACCACCCAUGGGUGCAGGAGCAGUGCAUCAUCCGGCUCAGCAGCGUGGAGGUGGCAUGGGAUUCCUUAUGCCUCUUUACACAAUUGGAAUUGUUCUCUUCUUUGGCUAUACCAUAAUGAAGAUUGCGUUCAAGAAGCAGGUGCCAAAUGCACCCUAUGGACCAGCCCCAACCGAUCCCAGUUUCCGUCAGGAGGUUUUUGGCCAUUCUAACCACAGCCAAGUGGAGGAUUUGGGUAACACAAAAUUGGGCUGGCGGGAACAUCAAACAAGAAUCGUCGCCAGCACAGCGGCAAAAGGAAGGCGCACAAAUGGCACAAAGGAGCUCUACAAUGCCAGUCUGUCGGCCACCGAAGUGGCCACAAAUUUGCAGCAACAGCAGCAGCAACAACGUCAAUCCUUGGUCGAGGUGGAGAAAACCAUGUUUAAUAAGGAAACCGAACAGUUGAUGGAAAUAGAAAAAUUGCGCAAGAAACUCGAGGAUACAGAACGAGCCAUGGCCAAGCUGAUUGCCGAAAUGAACACGGAUCAGUAUGAGGCAAAGCAAAACGACAACGAAAACAGGAAACCAUUAGACAAGCAAAACAUUUCCAAUGGGCAUACAAAUAUUGACCAGGGUGAGCAACAGGAACAGGAGCAAUCGCCACAAACGACAUCGAUCACAACUUCAUCUAAGCCACUUCAUACGAAACGUCGGGACAUUAGCGCUGAACGAGAAAUGAUGGUUUUGGGCAUGGAGUUAACAGCCAGUUGUGAGGGCGGCCAAAAAUGGAAUGCUGGACGCCCUCCAACUCCUGUUUUCCGAACAGCACAAAGCGAACAUUCCAAAUUGGAUGAGAGUUUACCCGAACCGCAAUCAAUUUACUUGGAAGGGGCUUUGGCGCAUGAGGGUCAGAUUUUGGUAGCCGAUUCUCAAAUCAAACGCGAAGAGGUCUACGAUGCUGAGCUUAAUGGUUCAUCUGAAGAACCAGCUGUCAUACUAAGCAGCAAAAUGACAUUAUCAUUGAUUAAUGUGGACUCAAAUCAGCAAAUUUGCAAUCCAAGCAAACCGGAAAUCGAAAGUCCUUUGGCUGAUGAUAUUGAAAUUAUUGGACAUUAUGACUAAGCAUUACAAAUCUCGGGGCAUUUGAUUUUUAUUGACUUUUUUUCACAAUAUACAUACAAAAAGAACCGAACGAAAAUUAUGCAACAAGUUCCACACCACAAUUACGACUGAUUUAAAAACAAUGUGAAAAUCAAGAAGUGUUUAAUCAUAAACUUUUCAUUUCCUCAUUUUGUAGGUACAUAUGUUCAUACAUAUAUACGACUAACAAAACAUUUUGUUACAUUAUUCUCCUCUUUUUUGUAUGUUGUAAUUUUAAUUUCGCACUGUUCCAAAAAUUGCUCAGUCUAUAUUAAUCUAAUCGAUAUCCUAAAAUAUUUGUAUGCCAAACAACGUCAUUAAAUGGAUCUAUUGUAUCUUUUUUUAUGUUAGUUGAAACGAAACCUAGUCUACCACUAUCUAUUUAAGAUCUAAGCGCAUAAAUAUUCAUCACCCAUUAUCAACUACA